AUGGCAGCAGAAAAGCUGUCAGCUCCGACUUCCAAGACAACUUCUCCGUGGAUGCUUGUUUCCUCCCCAGCGCUCACGGUUGACAGGAACGGCUACGAAUCUGCGCGCCGCCCACGCCCCCCUCUGCAUCUUUGGCUGCACCGCGGCCUCCACGGUGGACGCCCGGCCCACGUCCCGGGGCGUCACGCACGACACUCUGGAACCCCGCCGCGUAGGGGACCAGGCCCGGGCCUGAGACGCCGCGCCCAGCCGCUGUCCCGCCCGAGCCAAGCCGCCCCGCAGCCCGCCCCACGUCGCCCGCACCUGUCGCGCCCCGACCUGAGCUCACCUCGUCCCGGGGGCCCUCGGCCCACGCCCGAGCCUCUGGGACCGGCUCCCUUCACCGCCUCCGCCAGGGGCCCCGUCGCGGCCGCCGCCCACUUUCGGUUUCCCCAGCACCGCCAGAGCCCCGGCUUGGGAAAUCACCUAAAGCCCCGCCCUCUAGGUCACGCCCCGCAACACCAAGCCCCGCCCCCUCGGCCGCGGGGCUCGGCUGGAUGUGCGCAGGCGCAAGCGCUCAGGCCACGACCGCCCGCCCCGGGGUUCGCCGAUGAGAGGGGAAACCGACGCCGCCUAGCGGUUUCUGCGCGUGCGCACGCCGGGCUGGCGCUCGGGCUGUGA